GAUUUUUAUUAUUCCGUGGCAGCAGAGGGGAAUUGGGGAAGCACAGCGCAGCAUGCUACAAAAAUUAUAGUACGGAGUAUUAUUUGAAUCGUACCAUAAAUAAUUAUUGGUUAACCGUUCCGCGAGUUUUAAAAAGUUCAAUACAGUUAAUCGAAAAAUACCUUGGUUUAUCGGUUUUUUUAUACGAUUAAUCGGUUUUGAUUUUUUGUCCACCCCUAUGCACACGGUACAGACGAGCUUUUUAUCUUACAGUGAUAAGCGAUAGCAAGCUCUAGCCACGAGCUCCUAGCAACAACGAUGACAGACGACCUCCCGCCAUGAGUGAUUGGCAGUAACCAACGGCGGCGGACGUAGAUCUAGGAGGCGGGUCGGCGACUGACCUCCAAUAUCAGCGCCUAAAUCGACAGAGCUGUUUGGCGAGUUCUGCCUAGACAAGUCCCAAGCAUCCUCCAAUGACAAACCGACAAGUGAUAGACCAGCAUGUUACUGCAAUUGGGCGGGGCGUGAGUGGGAAUUUAGUUUUCGUCUGGGUAUGCGCUCUUGGAUUGCGGUUGCAUACUCCGCUCCACUCGCAGCUGCUAUCACAAUUUUCUUAAUCUGUCCAAUUGGUCAGAGAAGUUUUUGUAAUGGUAUGCAUGCCGCCAUGCCCCAGGACCUUCUUGAUCCACAUACUCCUUGCACCUCAACAGGCCCAAUAGCUACAAUCGGCCCAAAGCAGCCACUGGACACUCCUCAUGCAUACAGACCAGAUCAUUCCCAUCUUCGGGCAAGCCCUCAUGAAACAGACCUCGGUCCCCAGAGUGAAGCCCUCGACCUCGGCACAAAGAGAUUCUUAGCUCACGGAUCCCAACGGCCAACCACGUCACGUGCCCACAUCUGCUUCAAGUCAGUGCUCUCCAUCAUAUACUAGCUUACAUGUGUAUGUGAAUUCUAAUGCAUUUAAUAUUUAUGACUAGUAUAAAUAGCAGUCCCUUAGACAGUUGUAACAGUUUGAAUAUUCAUUGAUAUGGUUGCUCUCUCCCCCUCUCCUACUUAAUAGCUCUGUCUUGUGACUCUUGUCUCUAUAUAGCACUAACAACAUGCCGAUAUUAGCUAUUUGUCAGUAACUUUGAAAAGAAGAUGGUCAUUUUCAAAGAUAAUAAAUAAAUCUUUAUGAUAUUUCGAGAAUGUGACAUUUUUUACGUAAGAUGAUAUUUUUUAUGGCAAUUGGACCGGUGCUGCUGCUAGGUGCAGGGUGCGGCGGCAGAGGCCUACAUAUAUUAAUAUUUUCACAUUUUUAUUAUUAAUAUAUGGAAAAAUUGAUUAUAAUAAUCCCAACUAUUGGCGGUCCG